AAAAUCGGCGGUAAAAUUAGUGGACAAUUGCGGUAAUUGAAUGAAAAGACAUUGUUAUUGAUGACAAUGAAGACACUGAAACCAUCAAUUGGUUUCUGUCAAAGAUCUUAUCAUUUAUUGAAUCAUUGGUCGUCUGGAUCAUCACUGAAGACAUGGCCACUGCAUACCCGACAACAUCAACAACAACAACAUCGAUGUCUAACAAGCGAUGGUCUGACAAUCGGUGGCCAACGGCUACCACCACAACCACAACAACAACAACAACAGCUGGCUGUCGAUGUCUUAGUCUCGCGCAGUGACAACAUCUUCGCUAAUCUGGCUCUCGAAGACUGGAUCUAUCGUAACUCGGAUCUGACCAAUCGAUCGGUAGUGUUGUUGUGGCGCAACAGACCGGCCGUAGUCGUCGGCCGACAUCAGAAUCCGUGGCGCGAAGUCCAUGUCGGCAGAUGUCUGGCCAACGGCGUUGAAGUUGUCCGCCGAAAUAGCGGCGGCGGAACUGUUUAUCACGAUUUACAGAAUCUGAAUAUCAGUUUUAUUGGCCACAAGAGUCGCUACAAUCGUUUAGGUAAUUUGGUUCGCCUGCAGAAAGUGAUGGCCACUAAGUUUGACAUUGAUUUACGGAUCAAUAGUCGCGAAGAUCUGGUAGUGGCCGCCAGCGGACACAAGAUAUCGGGUACUGCCAGCCGUAUCGGCGCUCACAACAGUUACCAUCAUUUGACUCUUCUUAUUGAUGCCGACUUAAGUCGAAUGAAGAGUUUGAUUCGCAAAGAAUCGCCAUCGAUGGUAAGUAAGGCUACUGGAAGUAUUAGCUCAACGACGACUAAUCUGAAAUCAAUUAACUCAGACAUCUCGAUGAACGAUAUCAUCAACGAGUUGGCCAUCGAGUUGAACACAAAUUCGACAAGUGGCACAAGUUAUCCGUUUACCGAAGUAAUCGCUGCCGACGACGACGACGAUGACGACAACGAUGAAGAUUUAUAUCCGGGAAUCAAUCAGAUUGAAGAAUCGCUAAGAAGUUGGCAAUGGAUUUAUGGUAAAACACCUAAAUUUCAAGUUAAUCGUCAACUUUGUUGGCAAAACAGCCGAUUUUUGAUGGAAAUACAUGUAAUUCAUGGUAUGAUUGACGGCUUAGUAUUGUUGGGCGAAGAAUUCAAAACAAGACUGGAUUUAGUGGGAACUCCUUUUACCAAAGAUUCAGUGAUUAGUCGUCUCAAUGAAUCACUUAAUAAUAAUCAAACAAUU